CGACUUCAAGACGUCGACCACGACUCUUGUGUAGAGGCCUCCUUGUUUUGUACUCUCCACUACCGAUCCAAUCUUGCCGACCAUGUCCUUCCAACGUGUUGGACUGCGCUUCGCGCAACAACUGCGUGCUCCUACCCUUCGAACCACCUUCCAGCGACGCUUCGCCAGCACCUCCGAGAAGCUCCCUGCCACCGGUUCCAAGCUGGUCGGAGCCGCUGACAAUGCUUUCAACCGCGAACGAGCUGCCGUCAAGGCCCAUGCUGCUGCUACAAGUGACCUUUGGAGGAGACUCUCAAUCUAUGUCGUCAUUCCCUGCCUGAUCCUUGGAAGCAUCAACGCCUGGAACCUCUGGAAUGAACAUUGGGAGCAUUGGGAACAUCUCCCACCCUUGGAAGAGCGUGUCGAAUAUCCAUACCAAAAUAUCCGGUCAAAGAACUUCUUCUGGGGCGAUGGUGACAAGACCUUGUUCUGGAAUGACAAGGUCAACUACCACCGAAAGGACAAGGCCACAUAGACCACUCCAUUCAUAUUGAAAUUGGAAGGGAUUUUGAGGUCAAGCUUAGAGCGAGGCUAGCGACGAGGACAUGGAACAAUCGUCGAUUCCAUUGUGUACAUAUCGAUCAGCGGUGAAUGUGGCACAGAGCCGAAGUUACAAGGGUAGCAAGAAUGAAUACAACUGCUCUGCUGAUAUCGCACAUGCAAAGUCAAUCUGCUUAAAUUCAAGACCCACGAACUUUCAAUUUACUUUGGCUAUCGUCAUUUCGUCAAGGUCAUAGUCCCACACCCGAAGCAGAGUAUUCCUUUUCCACUUCGAGAAAUUGAGUAGCGGUAUCAUUUGCCAGGAGCAGGUCACC